UGCACAAGGGAAAGAGCAUGUCUGUGUACAAGUACAAGACAACGGGAUGGAAAUUCACCUGGACUGGACUUGCUCGCCGGUGAAUGCGGGGGAACAAAAGGAAAACGGGGAAACACUGCCUUGAGCAUUUUUGGAGCUAUCGGCUGCAGAAAAAACGAUGGCUUCGUAGUACGAUCGAUUGGAGUGAGUUGGUUGUGUGUGCCUUUCAGGGUCAGCAAGCGCGGACGAGCACGGCACGUUGAUCAGAUAGGCCAAUUUGAUACAAGACUACUGCGAAGGAGACACUGCAAAAUUAAGCUCUGCUCUUCGUGCUGAAAAGUCGAACUCACUUGAGCUGUUCUCUUUUUUCUCUCUCUCUCUCUCUCUUUCAUUUAUAGCAUUUGAUAACCGGUGAUUUCCAACAUUUGUGGUGAUGUGAUGCAAUUAUUUUUCGCCUCGUUUCGUCGGUGCUCUGCCUUGCAAUCAGUUCACCGCUGCAUAGCUCUCAUGCAUGUGUGAUCGAUGAUGAUCUGGUCACCUUUUGCUGCUGUCGUGAAGGGUACUUCAAGCUGCUCCGAUCCGGCUCGCUCUCUUUGACCUUCCAUCGUAUUAUUGCACCAGCGACAGGAUUGCGGGACGGCAGAAGGAUCGGUGCUACUACUAGUUUUUUGUUUACUCGUUCUUCGACGUGCGGUCGCUUACAGCUACAGGCCUCUGUAAAUACACCAAACAUGCGGUGUUGGGAAUCUUUGAUACUUGCAGCGCCGAUCGAGCCUUCACAAGCGACAGGUCCUUAGUGGAAUACCAUAACAACCCUCUCGUCAGCUGUUCAACAAUUUGUUUGGAAUCAAAUGGGAUGUUAGAACUCACCUACUUGAGCAAAUUUAUGCUGCCAUAAAGUGCUGCACCGAUUUUUGCACGCACGUACGCGCGCUUCCGCUUCACCACCCCUAGCCACGAGCAUGAAGCCGCCCUCGUCCACCUCCUGCCUCCUCCUUGCCCCCCUCGGGCUCCUCCUCGUCGUCUUCGUGCUUCCGUCUCUCCGCCCUUCCCGCGUCGGCGCCGAUGGCCUCGGCGCCCUCUGCGCCCGCCGCGCCGGCUACGACGGCUGGUACACUGUCAAGGUCGCCCCAUCGGCCCCCGCUGAGUCGGAGCCCGAGUUCAGCCUGCUCGUGGGCGUGCUGACCAUGCCGAACCGACGGGAGCGGCGGGACAUCGUGCGCCUGGCGUACGCGCUGCAGCCGCGUGCCGUGGGCGCGCGGGUGGACGUGCGGUUCGUGUUCUGCAACGUGACCGACCCGGUGGACGCGGCGCUGGUGGCGCUGGAGAUCAAGCGGCACGGCGACAUCGUCGUGCUGGACUGCACCGAGAACAUGAACGACGGUAAGACGUACGCGUACCUCUCCUCGGUGCCUCGGCUCUUCGCGGGGAAUCCCUACGACUACGUGAUGAAGACCGACGACGACACGUACCUGCGCGUGGCCGCGCUCGUCGAUGAGCUCCGGGGCAAACCACGCGAGGACGUGUACCUCGGCUACGGCUACGCCAUGGGCGGGCAGCCCAUGCCGUUCAUGCACGGCAUGGGGUACGUGGUGUCGUGGGACGUGGCGAGCUGGGUGGCGAAGGCGGGGGAGAUCCUGGAUCGCAACGACACCGCGGGUCCCGAGGACCUUAUGGUCGGCAAGUGGCUCAACCUCGCCGGCAGGGGCAGGAACCGGUACGACCUAAAGCCGCGGAUGUACGACCUCAACUGGGACAUGGACAACUUCCGGCCGGACACCGUCGCCGCGCACAUGCUCAAGGACAACCGCCGCUGGGCGGCGGCAUUCAGGUACUUCAACGUCACCGCCGGGUUCAAGCCGUCCAACCUGUACCACCUGCCGUGAUCGACCAACACACCUCGUUUCCGUUUCUCUUUUGUGUUGAAUCAUUUUGUCAAUCGUGUCAAUUAUUUGUUCUUUUUCACAAGUGUUCAUCCAUUAUUGGCUGUGCGGUACACGAAUGAAUGGUGGAUGAGUAGGGGGGGAGCAUUUGAGUCAUGUCAUGUAAGCCUCGAAGCUUCUUUCUUCUUGGUGACGGCCGGACGGUCCUUGGUUUGCCUCCUCGUGACACCCCUGCUGAUUCUUUGAUCUAGUAAAGCGACAGGCCAUUGGAUUGCUAAUUUC